AUGACUUCUCCAAACACUCUUGUAUUCAUGGAGCUUGCAAUACAACAGGCAAAGUUAGCUAUGGAUGCCCUUGAAGUACCUGUUGGCUGUGUAAUUGUUGAGGAUGACAAGGUUAUAGCCUCGGGAAGGAAUCGAACUACCGAGACAAGAAAUGCUACAAGACAUGCAGAAAUGGAAGCCAUAGACGUGCUUCUAGAACAAUGGCAGAAAAAUGGACUUUCAAUGACUGAAGUUGCUAAAAAAUUCUCAAACUGCAGUCUUUAUGUUACCUGUGAACCAUGCAUAAUGUGCGCAUCUGCUUUAUCAAAUUUAGGUAUAAAGGAGGUGAUUUAUGGCUGUUCAAAUGAUAAAUUUGGUGGGUGUGGAUCAAUACUAUCAUUGCAUUUAAGUGAUGCCGUGUCACCUAAUAAAAGGGGUUUCAAAUGUGCUGGAGGUAUAUUGGCAACAGAAGCUGUUCUUCUCUUUCGAACAUUUUACGAGCAAGGAAAUCCAAAAGCUCCAAAACCCCACAGGCCUCUAGCACAUCAGGCGACAACUUGA